UAUUUAUUUUCUGGUUACGGAUGAUGAAGAUUCUGUGCGGUGAGAAGUCGUGGCUGGAAAAUUGUUGCACAGAUGAUAUAUUGAUGCGACUCUAAGGUUCUGUACUGUGGAAAUCUCGGGAUUAAUUGUGGUGAAGUAUGAGUUAGUUGUUUUGCUUUAGAUGUUCAAUACUUGUACCCUUUUGCUUUUUAGUUGUGCUUACUUCAAAUGUUCUAUGGUUGUUAUUUUCAAUUGUUGAUGAGACUUUCUGAAAUCUGUACUGUGAAAAUUUUUGAAUUAUUGGAGGGUGAUGUGUGAGUAUAGUUGUUUGGCUUUAAUUAGAUAAUAAUUGAUUUUCCAAACUCUUUAAAUUAUUUGAGGGUGAUGUGUGAGAAUAGUUGUUUGGCUUUAAUUGGAUAAUAAUUGGUUUUCCUCUUUGCAGUUUCAUCAAAUUUCUGAAACACCGGGGACUCGUAAACCACUCCAUGGGGUGAUACUCAUAUCUCUGAGAUGGAGUUCAAUUCGAAGUGGGACUGGGAAACCGUUACUGCAUUCAAUUCAAAAGAGAGUGAAAGUCCAAGAAAAAUGUUGUCGGAAGUCUGUAUGACAGUAGAUGAUGGGGAAAUCGAUGUUGGCUCCUUUAAUUUGUCAGGGGAUGGUGGGAAUAGCGGUACUUCUGGCUCUUAUGCUGGGCAUGAUUCUUCAACUAAAAGCUCUAUUUCAGCUUCUACUGACUCUUCCCUGAAGGAUGGGUUGAAACUGCCAAGUUCUGAGUUCAAAGCAUUUGAGGGAUCUGCAAAUUUUAUCAAGAAAAUGGAAAUGGCCCGAUCCGAGGUGUCUGGAAUUUCUCCUCAUCUGGAGGGCUCUGCUGAGCCAUGGAUUAGUUUGAAACUAAGAAAGCGGACUUAUUUUGAGAACAAUGGUGCUGGGAGCAAUGUUGAGAGUGUAAUCACUGCUGUAGUGCCUACUUCAUCUACCACUACAAUGAAGAAAUCUAAAUCAUCUGGUCAAAAUGUGCCUAUUCCAUAUUGUCAAGUAGAAGGCUGCAACAUUGAUCUUUCAACGGCUAAAGAAUAUCAUCGAAAGCAUAAAGUUUGUGAUGGCCAUUCUAAAAGCCCAAGGGUUAUUGUAAGAGGCCUUGAACGUCGAUUUUGCCAACAGUGUAGCAGGUUCCAUAGUUUGUCUGAAUUUGACGAAAAGAAGCGUAGCUGUCGAAGGAGGCUUUCUGAUCACAAUGCACGGCGUCGUAAACCACAACAGGAAACUAUCGAGUUCAACUCAUCGAUGCUGUCCUCGCCAUUCUCUGAUGGCAGGCGACAGAUGGAUUUUCUGUUGAACAAUACUCCGCUUAUUCACCCUAGAACUACUACAAAUUCGACCUGGGAUAGCUCAUGCACCUCCAAGUUUACAGUUACAAGGGAGUUCCCUGUAAAGUCUAGAAGAGCUGGAGGCAUUGAUGUGGAAUUGCUUAUGCCCGAAAUUAAGUUGCCAAAUGGCAUCAAUAUGCAAGGAGGCACAUCUACCGGCCUCUUGGCAUCCAAAGACUCCACAUCUGAGGUUUACAAUCCAGGUUUCAGGGGACACACAAUUUUCUCCCACAUGGAUGCAGCACCGGAGUACCGUUGUGCUCUCUCUCUUCUGUCAAGUAAUUCCUGGGAAUCCGGCCCAGAAUCAUUUUCACCACACCGUCCUAUGCAUGAAAACAAUCCUGGCAUGGCUCAGCAUGGAAACCAUUCAAUCGGAGGCGGCAUGCCUCUCAGUUCAUCGGAAUUCUGGCUUACUGGACAGCAAUCAACCCAACCCCAAUCAUUUGCCAUGGCUGCAAACAGCAACUUCCAGGAAAUCCAGGUUUUCAAAGCACCUUAUGAGGCUGAUUUCUAUUCAAAUGCAUUGAACUGAGCAUUUGAAACGAAUCCAUUCUGUUCCCAUCAUUCAAGGUGUAGUGGUAAGGUUUGUAAAGUUUUAUGCAUCUCGAGCAACCUUAGUAGUUUUGAACUGAACAAACACAUGCUAGAUUUUGAAGAUUUGGCUUUUAUGAGGUCAAAUCAAAUUGUGUUGUCUUAAUGAUACAGAAUGCAGAAUGAUUUAACUUUUUGCAGAUUUCUGAUAAAUAUUGUCAUCUGUUAUUCACUAUUUGAGCAUUGUUUUCUGA